AUGCCGAUUUACCUUAGAUUUUCACACGAAGAGUUUAAGCUUAUUUCACGACGAAUAAGAAACUUAAAGAUAGCUCAGUUGAGAAGUCUCUGUCGAUGUCUUGAAUUUUCUUACGGAGGUACAAAGGACAACCUACUUAGGAAUAUAUUUCUACACUUUGACACGGUAAACGAUACCAGGGAUGCUGCAGGACUUGCAGCUAUGAAGGAUUUGCUCAGGAGAAUUGAAGAGAACCAACCUUUAGUCACGUAUAAUGAGGUGCAUAAAUUCUAUAGUAGUAGAGGUAAGUCUCGACCUCGAACCCCGUCCGCCUCCUCUGCUGAAGGUUUGCACUCACAGGAUUCACACCCAGUGAGAGAUCACGAUAUCAAUUUCAUUGAUAACCCAUUCUUCAGAUUAAUAAGGAAAAUUCAUGUUUCACCACAAGUGUGUCUUCCAAAAAAAGGUAAAAAUGAUUGUUGUAUUGACUUUGUCUUUGAUGUAGCCGAGCAUAAAUUAUUGAAGAAAGAGGACCCAAAUUUGAGGAUAUAUUUAAUUUGUGGCAGAAAAAUGACUGAUACUCGAGUAUCUGAUGAUGUAGAGAUAGAGUGGCCCCUACCUCAUGACCUUUAUGUGAAUGACCAGAAAAUAGAUACUAAAUACAAAGGUCUUCGGCACAAACCAGGAACAGCAAAGUCAGUUGACCUUACAGAAUUGCUACUUGUACCUCCUAAAUUGAAUAAGAUACGCAUAAACUACGAAGACCACGAGGAGACGUACUACGUUUAUUUAUACUUUGUGAGGCUAAUCCCUUUUGAAACCGUUAUCGAGAAUAUCAAGGCACAACCCAAAAUCCACAAAAAUCACACUAUUGCCAGCAUCAAAAAAAACACAAAAGAUCUGCAUUUGGAGGGCAUUGAAAUAGAGGAUAUAAUAUUGUCUUUGAGAGAUCAUUACACUUACACCAAAAUUGAGAUCCCUGUUAAAACAAUAAACUGCGAUCACCUUCAAUGUUUUGAUUUGAGAAUUUGCAUGACUCAACAGUAUGAGUCUCCAACUUGGCAGUGUCCACAUUGUAGGUCACGAUUUGAGGUUUCAGAUUUGGCAAUUUGCGAGUAUUUUGAGGAAAUCCUUAAUAAUUUGAAUGUGGAAGUGGACUUUGUGAAAAUAGCGAAGGAUGGGAAAUGGAGCCCUUGUAUCGAAAAGAAGGAGCCAAGACCAGACGUGAAGUUGGAAAGGCUAGUUUCAGGGGUAAAAAGAGAGCCUGAUGUUAUAGUCAAUUUGAUGGGAGAUGUGGCCGUCAGUCUGAGUGAUGACGAGAAUGAUAUUGAAGUGCUUUUGAGUGAUGCUAGAAUCACGAGAGUCGAGGAUUCAACUCCAUCCAAUGGUCAUAAAGAGGUACGAACUACUAUUACUGCCGGUGCUUUGAAUGAGGCUUUGGGCAUAAGUUCUUCAAAUAAUUAUGAGGAAGUUCAAUCCGAAGAAAAUACAAACCCCGGUACGAAUAAUGAUGAGCGCAUAACCCACGAUAUCGCAGCCCUUUCAACCAAUUCUAGCUUAGUUACUCCUAGCUUAGCAUCUAUUUACACAAGUCCUCGUGGUGACCAAGUACUGACGCAGUUUCAACGACAACAAUUACAAAGUCAACACGAACAAAGUGUCCAGCCACAGCAAUUAGAACAAGUGCAUACUGAACAACAGCAAUUACGUCAACAUCAAUUACAACAACAACAGCUACAACUGCAGCAAUCACAACAAGAAAUUCAUCAACAACACAGCGAACAACAACAGGUGCCACAACAUAUAUCUGCUCAAACAGUUAAUGGUGCAGUCUUGUAUGGGCCAAUAAUAACACGGCGUUUGUCAACAUUGAGCCGAAAAGCCCCAAAUGAGACCCUAAACACUCAACAAAUUGGCACUCAAUCCCAUCCCCAUUCACAAUUUGUACAACGUGAUUAUGCUCCAUACCACGCUACACUGGUACCAGAGACCCCGUUUUUUGCACCAUCACCUCAACAUGUUACUCAGGAGAUCCAUGCACGUGGUGAAACAAACUGUGUGCUAUCCCCUAGGAACAACUCUUUACAACAACUUCAGGAACAAUGCCGCGCUGCAUUAAUAUCCCAGAGCACAACACUGCCCAACCCAGGGGAAACUACGGACGUACUUGACGGUAAUAUUUCAAAUUACUCUCAAGCUCCAAUUUCCAGUAGGAUGAUGCAGCAAAAGCUAAACCGACAACAAUACAACUCUCAAAGUAUCAUUUCUCGAAAUAUGCUUACCCCAGGGCAGCGUAAUAUGCAACAAAAUAUCAAAUUGUUGGCAUUGCAACAAGAGAAACAACUGCUGCCAGUACAGCAAAGGUCAUCGACACAAUCAGCUCUGCAGCAACUGGUCUUUACCCAGAAAUCUCCGCGCCAGCUGCAAUCGCAUCCAUUAUUACAAACCCAGUCACUUAUGCAUCACACAUUACACCAAAAGCGAACAUCAGUACAAUAUUUGUCACCGCAGACUCCCAGUCUGGAAGCACAGCCCCAAUGCAACCUCAAUCAAGAUCGUGUGUUUCAUCAGUCACAAGGUUUGAAUGCACAACAAUCGUUUCAAAACAGGAUUGAGGAGCCAAUAAAAACUCCAGCUUUAGCUUCAAACAGCUCAGGAUUAAUUAGAGGCUAUACAGCAACAAAUCCAGAAGUGCUGUCAACACAAGUUACCAGUGAGACUACUGUCAGAUCGUCGAGAACGACCGCUAGAAACUCUACUAUUAAACUGGACAAUGCUAACCACACUAACGAGCCUAAGAAUCAACAAAAUGCGGAGCAAAAUUUGCAAAACACCGGUGAAAAUAAUGACGCGGAUAGUUUUUUACAAAAUACAGGCUUCCAACCUCAAAAUUUUACUUCUUCAUUGCAGCUGCCGCGUCAGUUUUUAUCAAAUGAGCCGUUACUAGAAAGACAAGCAGCCGGACAGACAGAGCCACAAGCAGCACAUGAUUGUGAACAAAUUGAUUCCCAACAUUCUUUUAAUACAUCCGUAGAAGGAGUUGCUUUUGCACAGAUUGAACGAAUUUUGGUGCAAUUUGAAAGUGAUACUCAACAGACACUUCAACAAAUUAAGCUUGAAUGUGCUUCAGAUCCUUUUCAAAAGGAAAAAGUACUGAGGCAUUAUGUGAACUUCAGAGAGAUAGAGAAGCAAAAGGUUAUUGAUGAAUUUAUGAAAAAUUAUUUUGACAUUGUCGGUGACACACUAAACUUAAAUGUAAUAAAUGGAAAAGGAAGUGGUGUAUCAUUUAAUCACACUGCCCUAUUACAGAGCGGAAAUCAAAUGCAUGAAGUUAGAUAUGAGGACGGGAAAUCUCCGGGCCCAACGCUUGAUUCUUCAACAUUGCAACAGAGGCUGCUGUUGUCUGAUCGAUAUCCUCAAACCAUAGAUCGUCCAGCGCCUGUGCUGACUAUUUCUGCUCACACCAAACUAACACGUUUGCAUUCACUCUCAGACCGAAAUGGAAUUAAAACUAGAGCCAGGGCGUCACAACUGAGAUCUCCACACGCAGCUAAUGUUUUUAAAGAGACAAUUCCAGCUGAUCCGUCUCGCACAUUGGUAAAUUCCCCGGUAUCCAACCCUCAUGGACAUCAUUCGAUCUCGGGCUUUUUACCGCAAACUAAACUACAAUCUUCAUUGAAUAACAAUUAUAGUCUAGUCACGCAGACCUUGUCCCCUGACUCCGUAACAGAGCCUAAUCAACUUAAAAAAGGUCAUUUCAAGAUUGGUGAAUCAUUUUUCGAUGAUUCCAAAACUUUGGAUUAUGUUAUCCCAGCCAAUGAUAUGAAAGAAAAUUCGACUGUACCUCAAAAGGAUGGUGAAAAUUUGGGACUACAACAAAUCAUUGUGGAUACAACUUCUCAGUCAAAGGGAGGAAGGUUAGAGUCUGAUCUCAAACAAACCAGAUCGAUAUUUGGGGAGAUGGAGACUUCGCCCACCAAGAAACAAAAAUUGAUGGAGAUUUUAAAGUGUGAGUUAGAUAAGGGCGAAUUGAUUAAUAAGUUUCAAGUAUUUCAAGAUUAUACACUAGAACCCGCAGAUAUGAAGCGAAUAGAAAGGGUGUGGGUUCAAGGGUUGAAAGAAAAAGAGAAAAGGAUCGAUCAGAUCGUGUCUUCAGGUAGUUCAAAAGACCCCAUAGUUCUCGAUAGUGACACCGAAUAG